UGGCAACCGCCAGAAACUUAAAGAAGACGAAGUGAGCGAAACUCAAACAAAACAAAUCUGUUGGUGUCCACAGACAAACGUUUUAGGGGUUUCUCACUCAGUUUUUGCUUUUGCUUUGGCAAAACAAGAUAAUCGUGUCAGUGCGUAAUACAGUAGAGAAAACUUCUGUAACGUUACGUCGAUGUGUAACCACGGCAACUGGAUACCGAGAGGAUCUUAAACCGUGGGUUAGCAUUAGCUUAAAUUAGCAGACGCUAACGUCAGCAAUGAGUGCUAGCCGGCUUAGAACUUCAGCAAACCGCAGGUGUAAAGCUUCGGUCAGCCGGAGCAAGACGGACCCGCCAUCCUCCAGAGCCAACAAGGUGCUGGCCGAGAGGAACCCGAAGGUGGUGGCGGUGGGAGCCUGGGUGGAGGGCGGACAUGACUGCCUGGAGCACCCGUGUUCUCUCGCUUUGUUAACUGAGGAGAUCCAGGCAGAAAAGAGGAGGGAGAAUGAAGAGAGCCUUCUUCGGUUUCAAGAAGAAGUACGCCAUCGUGUGGCACAGCAAGUUCGAUUCAUUAAGAGGAGACAACAGCCACUGGUAAAACCUGAUAGAAGACUCCCACACAGGAAGUUUCAGGUCUGGACACACCAUGUGUCUGCUGGUGAAAAGCUGAUGUCUGGUGCCGGUGGUGCUGCAGAACAGAGGGUGGCAGAAAAGGGCUCUCAGGAGAUGACUGAGGGCAUGAAGCAGGUCAGACUCAGACUGGCUGCCUGUCGGAUGAUCCCGCAUGGGGAAAUGACAUCAGAACUUCCUGGAGGUGAAUGGAAAAUCUCUCCAACCAGACAUAAAGCUGGAUCUGUCACGCUGAGGGAAGAGCAGGAAUUGGAAGAGGAGGAUGUUGAGGAAGAAGAAGAUGAAGGAGACGAUCAUCUCUUCACCAGUCAACACGAGUAUCCCCUCGUUCAGCAAACGCUGAGUGAACCUAUGCCGUGGGAUCCUGACAAAUCACAGCCUAUUUCUAAUAUCCAGACCAACCCCGAAGUCCCACGAGUCCUGUGGCCUCUGACCGAAGCAGAAGAACAGAAAAGACAGCGUCAGUCUCAGUUCCUGAUGCACCGCCGUCUGUACAUGAACAUCGAGAGAGAGCAAGUAAAGGAGAACAAACAGCACAGGAAACACCUGAAAAGGACGGCAAGGAUCAAAGCAGAGAAGGAGCAUAUUCGUCUGGAGGAAGAGAGAAGGUUGGAGAAAGUUCGGCAGCUUGCGGAGGCCCGACAGAAGCUGGAGGAAAGAGAGGUGUUGAUUCUGGAGCGAUUGAGGCGGGAGGAAGAGGACAGAGCUAUGGAGCUGCAGAGGAGGAAGAAACAGGAAAAGGGGAAAGUAGCUGCAAGGUUCAUUGACGCUCUGAGAGCUCAGAUGAAAGAACGUCUGUCUCAGGAGAAGUUGGACCUCCCUCCUCUCUGCUGCUGUGCAACCUCGUUCUGGGACUCCCACCCUGACACCUGCGCUAACAACUGCGUCUUCCACAACAAUCCCAAAGAGUACGCCAAGGCGCUGCAUUCAACGAUGUUGAGUUUGGGGUUACAAUAAAGUAAGCUGGUGAACUGGAGUGGAUGUUGUCUGGUACAAACAGGCUCCUUGCUGCCUGUCUAAAGGAACAGUUCAACAUUUUGGGAGAAUGAUAGCCAUUUUCAAGUCUAGAAGUAACUCAGCAAAUACCAGAUGGAUUGCCAUGACAUUUUGAACAGAUAUUUAUUUUUUCACAGGCGAUGAAUACACAAGAUUUUGAUGAUCCUUGUCUUUUCACCUGCAAGUUUUCACUUAUCCUGUGACAUACCCGACAUCUACUUGAUGGAUUUAUGCCAAAUUUUGAACAGGCAUUGAUGGUGUCUGGAUUAUAAAUCAAAAUGACUAAACUGGUGAUUAAAAAGAUAUCUUAUUGAAAACUGUAGUAGGAUAGCAUUGAUUGGAUGCUAAUUCAGUCACAGUUUUUCUGUAUUUCAUGUUGUGUGUGUAUGGAGGUGUGUGUGGUUAUUCUGCAGCAGCCUGAUUUGUCAUUUGCAUGUGAUAAUGGCUCUGCGCUCUGGUGAGGCACUUCUCAAAUCAGAGGCUGCAGAUUCAUCAGCAUAUCUGUCCUGCUGCCUUCAGCUGCUGGGAUUUAAUGAACCGAAGGUGAAGCUUUUCAUACACUUGACUGUUAAUCAGGUGUGGACACCAGGAACUGUCUGAGUCACUUAUUAAUGUAUAGUUCAAUACAGACUGUUUAACCAGAGUUCCUGUUUUAACCACAUUGAACAUUACCUUUUGAGGCUUGGGACUGUUCAGUCAAAAUUGUUUUAUUACAGUUUUAAGCAUUUGUUGUGUGAUUGCUUUUAAUUUUUUGCUAUUCUUGAUAAAGGGUUAAGAUUGGCAGCACAUAUAUAUAGUUCUUAGUCUGUUCUCAGUGCAAGCCAUAUUUGGUUUAUUAGAUAUAUUUUAUAACCUCACAUGAGCUUAUUUUUAGUUUAUUUAUUAAAAAUGUUUAAAAUCUGUAUGUUAGCGUACUCUACGUAAAUACAGUACAGUACGUAUUUAAUAUUGAGAAUGAGGUUUUGAGGAUUUACUGUUUGUUGUGUGGAAUUUGUAUCAAUCUUCCUUAGGUCUUGUCGAUUUUCUCCAAGGCUGUGUUUAACAGAAAAAUGAUGAAAAUAUACAUUUUGUGAUGUUUUUAAUUAAAUGCUUCUUACAAUCAUU